GUGGCUUUCUAGAAUUCAAACGAUCCAUAAAAAUACAAAUAUAUACUUUGCCGCGCGAUCCAGUCAAAGCCGAAGCAACACAUUUGCUUGUUUCCUCUGUCUCUUUCCUCCUGGAGAAAUCAGAAGUUUACUUUCUCUCUUUGUAAAUUACAUUUAUAAGCCCAAUAGAUAAAACAAUUAUACGGCCCAAUAAGUUGAGCCCAUUAUGACCUCGUUAAUUAAAUCGAAUAAUCUUUUCUUGGUCAUCAAGACUCUAAAACCUUUCUUCCUCUCCAUUGCUUAAACCCUAUCCACUAUGAACCUUCCGUCCUCUACGCCGGCAACUUCUGAGACGGCUGACUCAGCUUCGUAUUCCACCGAGACAUGCGACUACUGCGGCAGCCAAGAUUCUUGGGUCAUACACCCAGCACGUCUCCGCGGCGUCCUCCGCUUCUUCUGCACGCACUGCCUCCUCCGCAGCCAUCCGAUGUCCUUUUGCCCCACCUGCUUAGCCUUCUAUGAUUCUUCUCCUCCGCCUCAUCAGUCUCGCCGCGUCUCUUGCUCCGACUGCGGCUCCUACACUCACAUCCAAUGCGCCGACGGAGACGACGACGCAGUUUACACUCAUUACCUCUGUCCUCCUUGCCGGGACCCUAUCUCCUUCUCCUUCUUCCGUCCUUUCGUCGACACUGAUGGCGUUCCCUGCUUGGAUAAAUCCCUCUCCGAAGCUUUCUUAUGUGCCUGCAAGAUCGCCGCUUUUUCUAUGAACAGGGCAGUGUGUGCCUUUAAAAUGGAAGCUGAACGGAAGGGGAAAGAGGGUGCCGUGGAGAAGAAGAGAGCGUGUGAGACUCUUGAGUAUUUCGUUAAGCUCUACGAGAAGGCGAGGUCGGAUGUUGACAAGCUUAGAGAAGCCUCCUUUGAGCAGUACCCGGCAGUGCAAGUUAAGCAGGAAGAAUAG